AUGCCGCCGCUCCAGCCCCGGCCCCACGGCUCCCACCCCCGCGUUUUCCGGCCCCCCGCGGCCCGGGAUCCCCGCCCGCCCCCGCCCCGCCCCCACACUGCGGCGUCGCCGCCACCGCCGCCCCGGCUCCCACGGCCCGCAGCGGGGGCAGGGAGGAGCCGGGCACGACGCCCCGCACCCCGCCCCGGGCCUGCCGUCCCCUCCCGCGGAAAGAUCCGCGGGCGCCCCGCACCCUCCAGCCACAGGUGGCCGCAGGAGGAUCGCGGAGCUGCGCUCGGCGGCCCGGCCCCCCAUCACCCCGAGGCCCGCCCCCCGGAGGCCGCCCGGGUCCCCCCCCCGCCCAGCCGGGCCGAGGAGGGCCGGGAGCCGGGGGGGAGGGGCGGGGGGCCGGGUCGUGCCAGGCUGCCAUUUUCUGCCGCCGCCGCGGAGCCUGCGCGGGGGCCCGGCCCCCCACACCCGCUCCUGGGCUCCCCGCGGCUCGCGGCGAGGGGGCCGAGCAUUCCGGGUCUGGGGUCCGCGCCCUCUGGCGCCCUGGCAGCAGGCCCCAGGCGGAGCCCCCGCGGGCCCCGGGGGGUGAGGGGAGGCAGGGCCCGGAAGGCGGGGGCGGCCAGGCCCCGGGGCCCCUGCGGCAGCGCCGAGCCGGGCACCACGGCCGAGGCCAGCGCGGUGGAGGAGGAGGAGGAGGAGGAGGAGGGCCCCCCGCGGCAUUGCCGGCCGUCCCCACCCCGCAGCCCCGCAGCCCCGCGGGCGCCCCGGCGCCGAGUUGCAGGGCUUCCCGCGAGCGUGCCCCGCAGCCGGGCACUGCCUUGCCCCGCCGUGCCCCCCGCCCGGCCUCCCGCCCCGCGCCAGCCUCCGGCACGGCCUCCCGGGCCGCCCGCAGCGGCGCUCAUUACCGUGUGGGGCCGGUCGGCUCGGGCCGGCCCGGCUGCGCGCCCUGGUGCCGCGGCGCCGCGUCCCGGCUCGUCCUCUGCUCUCGCCGCCGCCCGCGCGCCCUCCCUCCCGCCCGGCCCGCCUGCCUGCCUCGCUCGCUCGCUCGCUCCCUCCCUCCGCUCGCUGUCGCGCUCCCUCUCUCCGCCUCCUCCGCCGGGUCCCCCCCUCCCACCCCUUCUCUCCGCCUUCCUCCUUCCCUCCCUCCGGCCGCCCGCGGGCCCAGGCCUCCGCCCGCCGCUCGCCCCCCGCGGCCGCGCUGGCCCCGGCCCCGGCGCUGCGGAGCCGGCCCGGGAGGCAGCGCCGCCGGCUGGGGGGCCCCCGGGGCGCCGCGGCGGGAGCGGCCUGGGCGCGCGGCCGGUCCUAGCGCCCUCGAGGCGGCCGGGGCAUGCCGCCUUGGCCACACCGCCAGCCCUGGCGCCCCUCGAGGGGCAGUCGAGCCCGGGCAAGGGAGCAGGGGUGCCUUACCGCAGCCCUCCCUCUCCCCGCGGGCCGCCCCGCUACCUGGCGCUGCCUCUGCGCUGGCCCGCCGAGCCCCCGGCGGCCUUCGCCCUGCAGUUCUCCCGACCUCCGCCAGAGCCCACUGCACUCUGCCGCUCUCAGCACCGGAGCUGGGGACAGCAGCGCCGGCCCAUCCCCGCGGCCAGGUGCGGCGGCCGCCGCCCGAGUGCAGGCCACACGGGCCCCGACGGCGGGGCCAAGGGCGCAGCGCCGGGAGCCUGCAGCCCGAGCCACGCCGCAGGGGAUGAGCGCCCUUGUACCUGGAGGUGGCCGAGUCGAGUGGGCUGCCCCCCCCCAGUUGGGCACUGGAAGGAGUUCGUGGAGUGGGAGGCUGAGCGAAAUGACUCGGAAGGUCUCUCCUAG